AUGUCUAGCAGUACUGUUGAGCUGUCGUCUGAUGUCGAGCUGUCCUCUCUAGAUGAGCUGUCCUCUCUAGAUGAGCAGUCCUCUCAAGUUGAGCUGUCCUCUCAAGUUGAGCUGUCCUCUCAAGAUGAGCUGUCCUCUCAAGUUGAGCUGUCCUCUCAACUUGAGCUGUCCUCUCACCUUGAGCUGACCUCUCAAGUUGAGAUUUCCUCUCAAGUUGAGCUGUACACUCAAGUUGAGCUGCCCCCUCAAGUUGAGCUGCCCUCUCAAGUUGAGCAGCCCUCUCAAGUUGGGCUGCCCUCUCAAGUUGAGCUGCCCUCUCAAGUUGAGCUGUCCUCUCAAGUUGAGCUGUCCUCUCAAGUUGAGCUGUCCCCUCGAGAUGAGCUGCCCUCUCUAGUUGAGCUGUCCUCUCAAGUUGAGAUUUCCUCUCAAGUUGAGCUGUACACUCAAGUUGAGCUGCCCUCUCAAGUUGAGCUGCCCUCUCAAGUUGAGCUGCCCUCUCAAGUUGAGCUGCCCUCUCAAAUUGAGCUGCCCUCUCAAGUUGAGCUGUCCUCUCAAGUUGAGCUGUCCUCUCAAGUUGAGCUGUCCCCUCGAGAUGAGCUGCCCUCUCUAGUUGAGCUGUCCUCUCAAGUUGAGCUGUCCUCUCAAGUUGAGCUGUCCUCUCAAGUUGAGAUGUCCUGUCAAGUUGACCUCUCCUUCAAGUUGAGCUGUCUUGAGCUGUCGUCUGAUGUCGAGCUGUCCUCUCUAGAUGAGCUGUCCUCUCUAGAUGAGCAGUCCUCUCAAGUUGAGCUGCCCUCUCAAGUUGAGCUGUCCUCUCAAGUUAAGCCCUCCUCUCAAGUUGAGCUGUCCUCUCAAGUUGAGCUGUCCUCUCAGGUUGAGGUGUCCUCUCAGGUUGAGAUUUCCUCUCAAGUUGAGCUGUACACUCAAGUUGAGCUGCCCUCUCAAGUUGAGCUGCCCUCUCAAGUUGAGCUGCCCUCUCAAGUUGAGCUGCCCUCUCAAGUUGAGCUGCCCUCUCAAGUUGAGCUGUCCUCUCAAGUUGAGCUGUCCUCUCAAGUUGAGCUGUCCCCUCGAGAUGAGCUGCCCUCUCUAGUUGAGCUGUCCUCUCAAGUUGAGCUGUCCUCUCAAGUUGAGCUGUCCUCUCAAGUUGAGAUGUCCUGUCAAGUUGACCUCUCCUUCAAGUUGAGCUGUCGUCUGAUGUCGAGCUGUCCUCUCUAG